AUGGAUCCAACUCAGACCAACUCGAGCAAGGACUUUGACGAGCAUUCUACCCGUGAUGAUAGCGAGGGUAAGGGAUCACACAUCCCGCUAUGGCAGUCAAUCAAAACAUUUCCCAGAAUCGUGGGAUAUUGUCUCGCUCUGAGCUCCGCCAUUCUUCUUUAUGGCUAUGACCUCGUUAUUGUCGGAACAGUGGCUGCAAUGCCACAAUUUCAAUCUAAAUUCGGUCAGCAGCUGAACGGAAAAUACAUCAUUCCGUCCAUGUGGCUUUCAUUAUGGAAUGUUUCCAGUUGCAUUGGAGUGAUGAUUGGCUCAAUCCUUGGAGGAUACUAUCAGGAUCGGCGUGGACGGCGACUCACACUGGCAAUAGGAAGUUUCCUAUCUACAAUUGCAAUUGCGAUAUGCUACAUCUCAGAUCUGCCGGACGAUAUUGACACUCGACGUGGGGUUUUUUUCGCCGGGAAACUAUUCCAGGGGAUCUGCAUUGGGAUCCUUUUGUGUGUCACACAAACGUACAUGUCGGAAGUUUUGCCAGUUGCUCUCCGAGGGCCGAUCAUUGCAUUCUAUCCUAUUUUUACACUGCUUGGUCAACUGGUCGGUUCGAUUGUGGUGUACACCUCACUGAAACACACAGGCGCAGAGUCAUAUCGGAUUUGCUUUGCAUCGCAGUGGCCGUUCUCUGCUGUUCCAUUUGUUUUAGCAGCCAUCUUACCUGAAAGUCCUACGUGGCUCUUGAGGAACAAGAGAAAUGAGGCAGCCUUGAAAGCACAAAAACGGCUUGACACGCAUGCCAUUGAUUCAGCUGCUGUCAUUGAAGAAUUACAAGCUUCAAUUCUCGCAGAGGAAGAGGAAAGAGGAUCGCACACAUACAUCGAUUGCUUCAGAGGGGUGAAUACCCGACGAACCUUAGUUGUGGCUUUUGCGAACAUCAUUCCCCAAAUGUUUGGACUACAGUUGUUGGCCAAUGCCUCAUAUUUCAUGCAAGUCGUGGGAAUGAGCUCGACUAAUAGCUUGAUAUUCUUGAUCUUGGGUAUUGGACUCGGCUUGAUUGCGAAUGUUAUCAGUCUAUGGACAUUGAAUGCUUUUGGGCGGAGGUUCCUCAUCUCGUCUACGUUGGCCACUGUCGCGGUUCUCUGGUUGGGGAUGGGUAUAGCAGGUAUUUUCAAGGGAACUGUCAUGAUCUGGUACUCAUCAAUCACUAUGAUGAUUGUCACCAUGGUCUCAGGCCUAGGCUCGUGGCCCGCGUCCCAUGUUGUUGCGGCCGAAGCCUCGUCGCUACAACUUCGAGCCAAGACACAGGGAAUUGGCUGGUUCACAAGUGGCAUUGGCACUGCCGUGUUUGCCAUCAUUUUGCCAUAUAUCUAUAACUCAGACGAGGGAAACCUUCGAGCGAAAACAGGGUUCGUGAUGAUGAGCUUUGCCGUGGUUGCAUUUAUCAUUGUGUGGCUGGCCAUACCAGAAAUGAAAGGUCGGACGCCAAUGGAAAUUGACCGGAUGUUUACACUGAAACUACCAACUCGCGCGUUCAAAGAUUGGCAAAGCGAUAUAGCCCCCACAGAUGGGAGAGAAAACUCCACUAAAACAACCAAAGCGUAA